AGGCCGCCCUGGGGGAGCACGUGGGGCGCCGCUCCCCUUUCCCGGGGCUGCUGGGACGGUGGAGGAGUCGCGAGGCCUCCCGCCGCCGUCGUGCAGAGAGGCUGGCGGAGGCGGGGCCGCGGCCGCCCCCGAGACGAGCCCUGGCGGCGGCGGCGGCGGCGGCGGCGGCCUAGCCUCUUCUCUCCUCGCACAGCCAGGCGGCCACGCUCGAGGCCCGCGUCGCCAUGGCCGCGGUUCCCGAGUUGCUGCAGCAGCAGGAGGAGGACCGCAGCAAGCUGAGAUCUGUAUCAGUGGACCUGAAUGUUGACCCCUCGCUUCAGAUUGACAUACCUGAUGCACUCAGUGAGAGGGAUAAAGUCAAAUUUACAGUGCACACCAAGACCAUGCUGCCCACAUUUCAGAGCCCAGAGUUUUCUGUUACAAGGCAACAUGAAGACUUUGUGUGGCUACAUGACACUCUUAUUGAAACUACAGACUAUGCUGGGCUUAUUAUUCCGCCCGCGCCUGCAAAACCUGACUUCGACGGCCCUCGAGAGAAGAUGCAGAAACUGGGAGAGGGUGAAGGGUCUAUGACCAAAGAAGAAUUUGCCAAGAUGAAGCAAGAGCUGGAAGCUGAGUAUCUCGCGGUCUUCAAGAAGACUGUGUCUUCCCAUGAAGUCUUUCUUCAGCGGCUCUCCUCUCACCCUGUUCUCAGUAAAGAUCGCAACUUUCACAUUUUCCUGGAAUAUGAUCAAGAUCUAAGUGUUAGGCGGAAAAAUACCAAAGAGAUGUUCGGUGGCUUUUUCAAAAGUGUGGUGAAAAGUGCUGAUGAAGUCCUUUUUUCAGGAGUUAAGGAGGUAGAUGACUUCUUUGAGCAAGAGAAGCAUUUCCUCAGUAACUAUUACGAUAGGAUCAAGGGUUCCUGUGCAAAGGCUGACAGAAUGACCAGCGCUCAUAAAAGUGUAGCGGACGAUUACAUCCACACCGCAGCCUGCUUGCAUAGCCUGGCUUUAGAAGAGCCCACAGUCAUCAAAAAGUACCUGUUGAAGGUGGCUGAGCUAUUUGAAAAACUUAGGAAAGUAGAGAGUCGAGUCUCCUCAGAUGAAGACUUAAAGCUGACAGAGCUCCUCCGAUACUACAUGCUCAACAUAGAGGCUGCUAAGGAUCUCUUAUACAGACGCACUAAAGCCCUCAUUGACUAUGAGAAUUCAAACAAGGCAUUGGAUAAGGCCCGGUUAAAAAGCAAAGAUGUCAAGCUGGCUGAGGCACAUCAGCAGGAAUGCUGCCAGAAAUUUGAACAGCUUUCUGAAUCUGCAAAAGAAGAGCUAAUCAAUUUCAAACGAAAGAGAGUGGCAGCAUUUAGGAAGAAUCUGAUUGAAAUGUCUGAACUGGAAAUAAAGCAUGCCAGGAACAACGUCUCCCUCCUGCAGAGCUGCAUCGACUUGUUCAAGAACAACUGAACGAAGGACGUGAAUGUGAAGAAAGCCCGCAUCACUUGCACUCAGAUCAUUACCACGGAAGAUUUAUUACCUUUGGCUUUAGUUUAAAAUUAUGUGAAUAAAUAUUUUGAUUUCUAAAGA